AUGUCGGCAGCACAGGGCGCGACGAUGAACUCGUCCUCCUCGCCCCUGCAAUUCGCAACAUUCACCUCCGAGAUCGAACUCCCCUUUUACUCUGCGCUCUUCGCCUCCAAGCUUGACUAUGACAAGCUGGACGACUCCGCGCGCGGCGUCCUGGGCCUGUACGAGCCGCGGCUCGAGGAGCCCGAUGCGAGCUGCAACAUGCAGAUCCUGGGAAACGCCUUGACGUGCACAGAGGCCCCUCUCGCUUCGGCGCGCGGCGAGGGCAUUAUCAAGAACGCAAACACCCUCGACGCAUUUCGUAACACGGACAAGACGGCCAUGGUGCAGACCGCUGGACGGCAAAUCUGGGAUGCUAUCAACGACGGCAGCAUCUACUCGGUCCCGUCGCUUCUCUCGUCCUUCAUCAUCCUCUCCUACGCCGACCUGAAGAAAUACAAGUGCACCUACUGGUUCGCGUUCCCAGCGCUACAUUCUGACCCGCAAUGGAAACGGAACGGACCGGCCGAGCAUCUGAAAGUCGACGAGAGCAGCGCGCUGCUGGAAAAGGUGGGAACAUGGCGCUACAGCGUCGACGGGAGAGAGCGCGGGUUCUUCCUGGCCAAGAAAGUCCGCACACCAGGAGAAGAUACCGACGAGGACACAACACAGACGUUAGGCUACCGGUGGGAGGUUGCCUCGCUGCGGGCGUUCGAGGAAGGAUUCUUCAACGAGGUCCCCGAGAACGACCGCUACGUCUCCUUUGUGGACCCGUCGACCUACCCAGAAGGACCAGGCUGGCCGUUGCGCAACCUCUUGAUCCUGAUCCGGCAGCGCUACAAGUUGGACAAGGUGAAGAUCCUGUGCUUCCGCGACAUCUGGGCACGGAGGCAUGAGUCGCGCAGCGUGAUCCUCCCUAUUGAGAUGGACCCCACGGAGAAAGUGGUCAUGGCAGACAUGCCCAAGGUCACAGGAUGGGAGAGGUCACGGAAUGGGAAGUUGCAGGCACAGCAAGCGAACCUCGGAGAGUAUAUGGACCCCUCACGGAUCGCCGACUCGUCGGUCGAUUUGAACCUGAAGCUCAUGAAGUGGCGUUUGGCGCCCGACCUGGACCUGGACCGCGUCAAGAACACAAAGUGUCUCCUGUUAGGGGCGGGCACACUGGGCGGUUACGUCUCAAGAAACUUGCUUGGUUGGGGUGUCAGAAAAGUCACAUUCGUGGACUACGGAAGAGUGUCUUUCUCCAACCCUGUGCGGCAGCCCCUUUUCGAAUUCGAGGACUGCUUGGACGGCGGCAAGCCCAAGGCGGCAGCGGCCGCCGCCAUGCUGAAGAGGAUAUAUCCCGGAGUCGACAGCGAGGGACAUUCGCUAUCUGUUCCCAUGUUGGGGCACCCUUACACGGACGAGGCCAAAACACAGGCCGACUACGAUAAGCUCCAUGCUCUGAUCAACGCGCAUGACGUGGUCUUUCUUUUGAUGGACACGCGGGAGUCGCGCUGGCUGCCGACUGUUAUGGGCAAAGCCGCCGGCAAGAUCGUCAUGAAUGCCGCUCUCGGCUUCGAUUCGUACGUGGUAAUGCGACACGGCGCUGAGAGCACAGAGGCCGAUGCGCCUUCGCUGGGCUGCUACUUUUGCAACGAUGUCGUGGCACCAGCUGAUUCCAUGAAAGACCAAACGCUCGAUCAGCAGUGCACCGUCACACGCCCCGGUGUCGCAGCCAUCGCCUCGGCUCUCCUCGUCGAGACGCUCACCAGUCUGCUCCAGCAUCCCAAAGGCAACCACGCGCCUGCUCCGCAGCUAACUCAUGGGUCUGUGCCCGAACGUGAUCCCCCGUCACACCCUCUGGGCCUCGUGCCACACCAGAUCCGGGGUUAUGUCUCAACGUUUCAGAACAUAGUCAUCAGGGGCCAGUCGUACGACUGCUGCAGCGCGUGUAGCCCCAAGAUCCUUCAAGCGUAUCGGAGCGACGGCUGGGGGUUCGUGAGGAGGGCACUGCAAGAGAGGGACUAUGUCGCGGAGCUGUCUGGAUUGGCCGAGGUGCAGAGACGCGCAGAGGAACUGGACGCUGAACUGGACUGGGAUGAAAACGACGAUGCUUUGGCGGCCGAGGAGGGCGAAGGAGAGCUUUUGUGA